UUGAUUCAAUUUUCAGUCUUCACUCCAUUGAAAUCGAUCCCAAUUAAUCAACCCUAGGUCAGAAAAAUGGGGCGGAAGAAGGGGGCGACGCUGGUGCACGACGGCCCGCCGGACGACUUCGACCCGGAGAACCCCUACAAGGACCCGGUGGCGAUGCUGGAGAUGAGGGAGUAUCUCGUCAGGGAGAAGUGGAUCGACAUCGAGAAGGCUAAGAUCCUGAGGGAGAAGGUCAAAUGGUGCUACCGAGUUGAAGGCAUCAAUCAUCUCCAGAAAUGCCGCCACCUCGUCCACCAGUAUCUCGAAUCCACCCGCGGAAUCGGCUGGGGCAAGGACCACCGCCCCCACGUCUUCCACGGUCCGAAGGUGGAGGCGACUGCCGAUUGAAUUGACGGUGGAUGGACUCGAGAGUCUCCGAUUUGAAUAAUGUAAUCAUGUUUAUCCAGCAAGAUGAUAUAUGUGAGAUGUGUUUGCAUGUCGAUCAGGUGUGUUCAUUGGGUUAUUAACCUUUUCUCCAGCUAGACUGUUACAGUCAAUUGUAUGUCUUUUGUUUAAUCCAAACAUUGAGGCCCAGGUGGCUAACUUCUUUUCUCUUGCAACUUUCUGUAUCGUGGAAGUGAUGAGAGAUUUUACCAACAAUCAAUAGCAAAAUAAUGCCAUAAGUUCUUCUCUUUGAUUUUGAUUA